AUGUUUUCAUUCAGCACUGUCCCAGGCUACUUCCUCCAGGACGAUCCAUCCACGGAUCCGGAUACCUUUGACUAUUCAAUUCGCAAUUUCGGAUUGAUACCACAGCACUAUGAUAGCGAUCCUUCUGGCUCGCAAGACCAGUCGCCAUGGCAGCGGUUUGCGCAGCAUGUCGUGCAUCUGAAUGAGAUUGCAGACCAGGGUACAAUGUACAAGGUGCUCUUCCUCGGACGCCAUGGUGAAGGCGUUCACAAUGUCGCUGAGAGAAGAUAUGGCACGAAAGCCUGGGACGAAUACUGGUCUCUGCAGGAUGGAGACGAGCAUGGUCCUUGGAUUGAUGCCCAUUUAACGGCAACAGGAAUUGCCCAAGCACAGACUGCUCACGAUGCCUGGGCCAAGCAACUCGCACUGGGUAUGCCUUUUCCCGAAUCAUUUUAUGUCAGUCCGCUUCAUCGGUGCUGCCAGACAGCGCAGGUCACCUUUGGGGGACUGCGUAGCCCAGGGACACAUCUAUUUCAACCGCUCGUGAAAGAAAGUGCAAUCGCGGCGGAGUUUCCACGGUACCGUUUCGAGCCCGGUUUCACUGAACAGGACGAACUGUGGGAUCCCAAGAUCCGCGAGUCAGAUGAAUUGCGAAACAAGCGGCUGAAAGAUUUGUUGAGGGACGUCUUCGCGUCGGAUGAGAAUAUCUUUGUGUCCUUGACGGCGCACUCUGGUGCUAUUACUAGUAUCCUUGAGGUUACCGGUCACCGCAAGUUUCCACUAGCAACGGGAGCGGUGAUACCGGUGGUGGUGAAGGCGCGGAAGAUGCGCGACUCUCAGAACCACGUGCUUGAUGGGAAGUGA